GCCAGGCAUCAACGAGUAGCAGAAAAAAAUGGGUACAUGAUAUGUGGCCACCUUGACUCGAGCCUGUGCCAACAGAGAAGGAGAACGAUGUCAAUGUUGUCAUUCCGCAAUUUACUCACCGAGUCACAAACCGCAACUGUACGCAACCCAGUCAUGAACUUCAUCAAGCCUAUUGCCCUGCUCCUCGCUCUGGUCGCCGGACAACUCGACACCUCGGUCGCCCAAGACGCUGCCGCUCAGAUCGCCCAGAUUGGGACGGACGCUGUGAGCAGAGCUGAAGCCACGUCGUCCAUCACCAACUCCAUCAGUGCCGCUCUCGCCCGUAUCGAUCCUUCAGGCGGUGCGCUCCAGGACACGAUCGCACAACUUGUAGAGCAGGCCAAUGCCAACGCUGCUGUCGACGCCGAGCUCAACACCAAGCUGCAAGCUCUUCUGGACUCGAUUUCCCAAUCCUACACCGACACAGAAGACAACGUCUCCCCCAUCUUCAACGGCCGUAACCUUCGUGCUGAAGACUAGUAAUGCUGCCACUUGUUGGCCACUUAUUUGCAUUAUUAUCAGUCAAGGCUAACAAACAAUCCAUAAAAUUUCACGCAAAAAAGUGCAAGUAAACAAA